AUGGCUACAUUAGAUCUUGUUUUUUUUCAGUUCUGGUGCAUUUGGCGUAUGUCGCAUAUUCAUGUCGGGAAUGACUCUGGAAAGGGAAAUUAUUUCGGAGCACAAAAGUCAGCCUAUUUGCGACAAACGAGUUUAUUCCUUUCUGUACUCAUAUCCACCAACUACCGGAUAAAUGUUUUGUCGCACGGCUUAUUUACAACCUUUCCUGCUGGAAAAUCAAAGAUCUAUCUCUGA